CGUCAGAGGAAACGGGUGGUUGUGAGAACCACAGAGGCUGCAGAUGUGAGCUGGGAGCCCCUAGGACCCUGUCAGAGCUCAAACAGCCCUGGGCCUUCUUGCCUGGUCCAGCUGUGCUUUCAAGAGUUGUCCAGUCGGGCAUCACUAAGGAGCAUGGGGCUCCUGUCCCAUCCCAGGUGCACAAACUGCUGACAACCGGUAGAUGCGGAGCUACCCAAAGCACUACGAAGAGCCUCUCUCUGGAGAUUCUCCCAGACAAAAAGGUUCUGGGAGUCCUACUACUAGGGACAUUGACAGACUUCCAGAAGGGCCCCCCAAGCCCUAACCUCACGGACCAAAGCAUGCAUCUUAGUUGAGCCCGCGCACCAAGCCUCUGAUGACAGGAAACCAAUUUUGCUUGAUUGUGUGCCUCUGAAAAUUCUCCGGAGAAAUGAUGGGAUGUCAGCCCAGCAGAGGAAAAAUGCUGCCAGGCCCAAGCUCAAGACCCUCUGUGCUCAUGCAGACAGAAAGGAGCAAGACCAGAGGCGUGGCCCUGAGCAAUUUUCCAGUAGGUGAGCAGCCCGAGCUGUCGCUGAGACUGGGGGAGCCACUAACCAUUGUCUCUGAGAGUGGAGACUGGUGGUCUGUGCUGUCGGAAGUUUCAGGCAAAGGGUUCAGCAUCCCCAGUGUGCAUGUGGCCAAAAUCUCCCAUGGGUGGUUGUAUGAAGGCCUGAGCCGAGAGAAAGCUGAAGAACUCCUGUUGCUGCCUGGAAACACUGGAGGGGCUUUCCUCAUCCGGGAGAGCCAGACCAGGAGAGGCUGUUAUACCCUGUCCAUCCGCCUCAGCCACCCUUCAUCGUGGGACCGGAUCAGACACUACAGGAUCCAUAACCUUGACAAUGGUUGGCUGUACAUCUCACCACGCCUCACCUUCCCCUCACUCCAGGCCCUGGUGGACCAUUACUCUGAGCUAGCAGACGACAUCUGCUGCCUCCUCAAGGAGCCCUGUGCCCUGCGGAGGACUAGCCCACUCCCUGCCAAGGCCAUACCCCCACCUGUGACUGUGCAGACAAAACCAAUCAAUUGGAAAGAAAUUGACAGCAACCUCCUAUUCUCUGGAGCAUCUGCCACAGGGGAGGACUCUCUCCUCAGUGAGGGGCUCCGGGAGGCCCUCAGCUCCUAUAUCAACCUGACAGAUGACGUCUCCUUGGAUGAUGCCAAGGCCCAAAGGAGAGGCCGAAAAGGGAAUCAAGGCUGCAGCACCUAGAACCCCAACUCAGUUCAGCCUGACUGAGCAUCCUUGAGACAAGGUUGUGCAGUGAAGGGGGGAGGGCUGGGAUGCCUGUACACCUUACAUCCCACCUACAUCCCCUGCUCAUUUCUGAGUCCCGAGAAGUCAUUUAGCCUCCUCCCAGUGCCAUGACUCCAACUAUAACCUUUAGUACAAAUACAGACCAGUGGAGAGCAGAGCCAAGACUCUAGAAAAGAAACUAAACUUCAUCCAGGGUCUGAUUUCAGGAUUUGUAGCACUAUCUUUUUCCUGGCUCUGAAUCCAUUUUAUAUCCCUGGGGCCUCACCUAUAAGAAAAAAUUCACCACUAAUAGCAAGGAAAAUAAUCAUUUAAAGAGUAUUUACAGGGCCUCCCUGGUGGCACAAGGGGUUACGCACCGUACUAAGAAGCAAUCCCCUGCCUUUGCAGCACGAGUUCGAUCUCCAGCCAGCCAGGAGAAACCCAUAUGGUGAGGCAGACCUCUCCUGUCUCACUCGCUGCUCCCCUCAGCAGUAUAUUUCAGUCAAUCUGCCUGUUCUGUUCCCACUCUGUCUCUGGUGGAUCCUCUCACCCCCCGCAUCUCUGGCCUGUGCCCCAGCUCUUGUAUGCAUAAAUAAAUAAAUCCUUUUAAAAAUAUUAAAAUAAAAAAAAAGAGUAUUUACAGGUC